AUGACUUAUUACAAUUACGUACAUCUUGCUGACCAAUAUUAUGAGAAAGAAUAUAAUGAUGAGAAAUAUACUUCAGAAGAAUAUUAUGAAGAAGACGAAUAUGAAGUCUAUCUUAACAUUAGAUCUGGAUCUUAUCCAAAGAAUUCUGUGUUGAAAAAUAAAAGAAGACCAAACUGA